AUGAAACAAGAAAUUGCAAUAUAUGCACUGGACAAGAAUUUAAGUCAGCCAGGGACUGUGCACAGUGGUCGAGAGACAAUAUGUCGCAAUGGAUCUUUGUUGCUCAAAACUGUCAACCAAAAUGAUGCGGGAUUCUAUACCUUACGGACCUAUAAUAGAAAUGGAAAAAUCAUAUCAACAACAUCCAUGUAUCUCCAUGUGCAGGCUUUCCUUUGGAAGUGUGGGAACCUUGGUACAUCGGUCAAGUUCACUAUUGAAUCAGUGCCACCCAGUGUUACUGAAGGAGGAAGUGUUCUUCUAGUCAUUCACAAUCCCCCUGAGAAUAUUUUAGGCUUUGUCUGGUUCAAAGGAAAGACUGAGUUCAAGAACAUUGUGGCUGCCCAAAUUAUAUCCCAUGGAAAAUCAGCGGUGUGGGGGCCUGCAUACAGUGGCAGAGAGAUGUUACACAGUGAUGGAUCUCUGCUGAUUCACGGUGUCAUUCAAAAAGACCCCGGAUUGUACACCUUACGGAUUCUGAGGACAGAUAUGAGAAGAGAAGAUACACAAGUGCAGCUCCAGGUGGAGACUUCCCUUUCUCUGUUCUGUAACCUUCUCACUUCUUCCCAACUCAUAAUUCAACCUGUGCCUCAGUAUCCUGCUGAAGGGGAAAGCAUACUUCUCCAAGUUCAAAAUCUUCCAGAAGACCUGCAAUCCUUUUCCUGGUACAAAUCAAAGCAUGGGACCCCGGUAAAUGAAAUUGUAGAAUACAGAAGAGACAUGAAUUCCAUCUCAUGGGGACCUGCACACAGAAAAAGAGGGAUGGUGUACAGUAAUGGAUCUCUGAUGCUCCAUGAUGUCACAGAGAAAGAUUCAGGAAUCUACACAUUGUCAUUUAUAAACAAAGAUUUCAAUGUUGAAAAAGCAUACGUGGAAUUUUAUAUAAAGAAGGAUGUGACACAGCCCUUUGUGCAAAUCACUGAUACCACAGUCACAGGAGGUACAUCUGUGAUCUUCACCUGCAUUUCACCUGACACUGAUACCUCCAUUCGCUGGAUCUUUGGUAAGAAGAAUCUGCAGAUCACGGAGAGGAUGACUCUGUCCCCGACAAAGUGUGGGCUCAAAAUAGAUCCUGUCCAGAGUGAGGAUGCAGGAGAGUAUCAGUGUGAGGUCUCUAACCGAUUCAGUUUGAAGACCAGUCUCCCAGUUUCCUGGCCAUGA